AUGGAGUCGAACACAUUAAGUAGUACGAGUGGUGCUGCUAAACGGAGAAAAAGACGUUUGGAAAAUGAAAAUAUUAACAAAUCCAAUAAGAAAAUCACGUCGUUUUUGCGUCCACAAAAUCCAAAUAAGCCAGAAGAAGAAACCCAACAAAUUACACUGAAUCAAACUUCCAAAGUUGAUUUGGAAACAACUGAAAAAGUCAAUGAGAUCGUCACUCCAAGCCCAUCAAGAGGACUAUUAGAAGAAAGUCAAAAUUCAGACAUAAUCGCAGACGACGCAGCACGUGAUGACACUGAUGACACCAUUCUCGAGGAGAUCAUAACAAACGUAAACAAAGCUCAGUGUUUCUCAAUUAUCGUUGACACAACACAGGAUAUUUCUAAAAAAGAUCAACUGAGUUUUAUCAUCAGAUACGUUCAAUUAAGUGGAUGUGAUGAUGUUCUAAGUGAAGAUGCAAAUAAAAAAAGAGAGAUGAAGAUUGAAGAAUCCUUUUUGGGAUUUUAUCAUAUUCAAGACUCAACUGCGGCAGGGCUGUCUACAGUAAUCUUAAAUACAUUGCAAGGGUUUGGAUUAAACCUUAACAAGUGUAGAGGUCAAGGAUAUGAUGGGGCCUCGACUAUGAGUGGAGCAUACUCUGGGGUUCAAGCGAGAAUUCAAAGUGUUGAAGAACUUGCUAUUUAUGUACACUGUGCAGCUCACAACCUCAAUUUAGUCAUCAAUGAUACGGUUAACAACAUCAAGGAAAUAUCCGCAUAUUUUACAACUCUUCAAGCACUAUAUGUUUACUUUGGCCACAGCAUCAACAGAUGGGACUUGCUCUCUUCUUUGACAAAUGAAUCAGAAAUAACUCUGAAAAAACUCAACCCCACGAGAUGGGCAUCAAGACAUGAAUCGAUUCUGGCAAUAAAAAUGAGAUACCCAGACGUAAUUAAGACUUUAGUUAGAAUUUCUCUCGAAAGUAAAAAAGCAGAGGAAGUGUCAGAAGCAAAACGAUUACUUAAAAGUAUUAACAGCUUUGACUUUAUCUUGCUAACAGUUAUGCUUUCAAAGGUAUUCACAGAGCUUAAUAUUGUAUCAAAGCUUCUCCAAGGUAAAGAAAAAGACCUUGAAAAGGCUACAGACCUUCUUCAAAGAAGCAAAGAUACUCUGUUAAAGAUGAGACAAGAAUACAAUACAGUCAAACAAGAAGCUGUAGAUCUUGCUAUAAGAUGGAAUGUAGAUCCUGUGUUCAUGCCAAAGAGACAGACUAUGAGACAUGUUAAACCUGCGCUGAUGUACUCGACCAAGAACGGUUUAAAGCAGUAA